AUGCCUGCCGAUAUUUGGAAUCUUGGUGUUCUGUUGUCGGAUAUGGUGGAAGGCAAAGAGCUAUUUCGGCACAUUCAUGAUCAAAAAGGUCGCUACGAUGCCAAAUUACACGUCGCUGAGAUGAUCGCCUUAAUCGGUUCACCCCCUCCAGGGGUCAUACAAAGGUAUCAAUACAUGCGAGAGUGCUCGUGGCCGAAACCUGUCAGACAAGAAGACGGUAGAGUAAGCCAGACCGCGGAGGAGUACUUCUGCGGGCCAUUCUUUGACAACAAUGACUCACGGAACAUCGAAGACCACAUCCCCGACCGCAAAUUAGGCGACACAGCUUCCUUUCUUGAGGAAGAGGAGAGGGAAGCGUUUUUGGACUUCGCCAAGGCAAUGCUUGUCUGGCAUCCAGAUGCAAGAAAAACGGCAGGCGAAUUGAUCGUGCAUCCUUUUCUUCAAUCAAGGCAAACAAGCGCCUGA